AAACACGUGCGACCGUAUUCUUUUAUUGCAUUACAUUAUCAAUAAAAACAGAAACACGUACCGUACCGCACGGUAAAUAUUGUACGCAGCUGAUAUUUUUAUAUUUUCUCCUCAUUGAUUUGAAUUGAUAAAGAAGUAGAUUGUCGGAGCAAGAAUGAGUGUGGAUCGUACCUCGGAGGCCAGUGAAUACCUGAAGAACCACAGGAUUCCAGAACUGAUGGAGAAUCUGACGUCACAACUAAUCUACCAACAGCCAGAAAACCCCCGUGAGUUUCUGAAGGAAUACUUGAAGAGUCUUAAAGAGGCGAAGGAGAGGAGGGCAGAUGGGCCAAAGCUGUUUGGACCGGACAACCUCCAGUCUCUCUUCGGCAUGCUGGACCCAGUGGGAUCCGGACACAUCACUCGCCUUCAAUACCUCGAGGCUAUGAAAAUUCUAGGAAUUCAGAACUUCGGCCAGCACGAGGAUAAGCCAACUAUAGACUUUGAUCUUUUUGAACAGGAAGCAACCCAUGGCCUGUCAAAAGCUUCCACGACAUACAAGAGAUGAGUGCAGUCGUCUCGUGACCCAGACCAUAUCACAGACUGAAACCAUGAAUUUAAAAAAUAUAUAUUUAGUAAUUUCACAA